CAGAAAAUUCCUCUGAAAAAAUAAUUAAUUUAACCCCACAAAACGCCUUUACAAGUGAAAUAAAGUGAACAAAAGAACCAAUUUGUGUGUCAAUUUGAUGUGUGCGUGAAGAACCGCGUGAAAAAUGAGUACAUUUCAGGUUUCGGUCACGCCAACUCGCGUCAAGCAAAUGCGCCGUCUUGACGAGGUACAUGAGCCCACAGACGUCUUCAUGGGUCCGUUUACGCCAAAAGCCAUCGUUAGCUUUGUGGAUAUUCCAACUGGAAAGACCGCAAGACGAUAUGUGACUGUUCAUAACAAGUUUGAGGAUGAAGUUAAGAUUCUCGUUACAAAAGCUCCAAAAACCGAAUUAUGCAUUUCCCUGAGCUGGACUAGCAACGUAAUAACCGCAAAUGGCACCGCCAGCCUCGAAAUUGUCUGGAAUCCCGUGAAAGCGGGCAUUUUCAAAGACGCCGUGCAACUCACGGACAGCCGGGGCAACAAAAAAGACAUUUAUUUGACGAUGAAAAGUGUCGAAGUCAAGAAACCGGGUGCGAAAAAAGCUCCCGCUGUACUGCCCAAGCGGCUAAAGACCUCACCGCAACGCUCCGUGGUGCGAAAACAAGCGGUGAUGCAACAAAAAUCCAGUAUUUUGAAGAAUUCCGAGAAUCGGGCGCCAGUUCCGAUGCCCGCACUAACGCCAGGUAACAACAAAACUCGAAUUUUAGGGCAAAGCUCGCUAAAUGCCACGAAUAUUUUCGCCGCAGAGGGAAUGAAUUUCUCAAAUUUGGAUAAUUUGUUCCCGGCGGAGCGUUUCGACAAGGAAAAUAAAAGUCCAAUUACGCCGCCGAACCCGAAUGCGAUGAAUAAUGUGGAAAAAGUGACGCCAAAAACGCAAACAAUCCCAAAAGAGUGCAGCACAAUCGAUUAUUUGGCCUCACUUCCGACGCCAAAAGCGGAAAUUCGUUCAGGAUCGCCGGAAAGAGUGCGAUUUAACUUGCCCGACAUGUCAAUUAGUCGCAUGCGGACUCCAGUUGCCGAGAAUCAAACGGAUAUUUCGGUGAUGGCCAACAUGCCGACCCCCAAUGGCGUCUACGAAACAGCUUCGAAGACAAUUACGCUGCAAAAAGGGACGCCAUCGCGUGCAAAUGUCACGACAACUAGCUUUGCGCCGCACAUUUUCUCCACAAUCACGAAAAUGGCGAUGAACGAAAAGGACGAAGACAGUCUCGGUGGCAAGGAAUUGUUUUUUGAUGCGAUGGACGAGACUUUUGGCACGCAGAAAAUUGGCAGUAUGGAGAGAUUGAGCACAGAAACUUACGUUAAAAUGGAAAGGAUGAGCUCGGAAACGUAUGUGAAGUGCAUGAGUCCGAGUUUGAGUAUUCAUGAGGAGGAGAUGCAACCGACGAUGGAUAAAACAAGGGUUUUGACACCGCCGCCACCAUUGUCGAUGAUUGUGGAAGAGUCGGAGGUUGAUAUGACUACGAAGCAAGAGGGGCUGCAGAAGACCUUUAAUGUGAACGAGAGACAAAAAACGCCUCCUAAUAAGGCGAAAAAGGCUGUGGAAGAGUUGGUAAUGACUCCCCUUUCACGCGCCCGCCUCAUCUCCCAAUCCUCCACGGAGCUCAACAAGCAAGACCUGGACCUCCGCAACUUAAAAGCCAACCAAGGCUCCAUGCCGAAUCUCUUCGACGACCGUUCCAACGAGCAACUUCGCAACAUCGAGAACAACCGUUACUUCUUCCAAAACAAAGCUCCGUCCCAGGAAACACGCGGCGCCGACGAAAGUAUCGUCUCCAAUCUCGACACAAUGUUCCGCGAAAGUGAAAUCCGCGCCCAAUCCAGUCACCUGAAUCUCCACGAAAUCGGCAAAAGCACCGAAAAUGUCGUCGUUUUCAACAAAACUGUCACAAAACAUCUCGGCAUGGCACCGGCGAUGUCUUGUUUGGACUUUACCAAGUGUUCGCGAGACAGUUUGAACUCCAGCAGCAGCAGCGUGAACAGUCAAAAUGUCACACGGAACACGGGCGUCAAACCGUACGUCUCGACAUCGAGUCCGCAACUCAACCGAGGCUCGUCGAUGACAAUUUCGCCGCCAAAAACGCGCCAUUUGGGCGGAAUCCGCAACAAAGAUGGGUUUGUGGUGCCAAGUGUGUCGAACCGAACGAAAACUUGGGGCGCCAAACAACCGAAAAAGCUGAAUUUGUACAAAUAUCCCGUAAAAUUGACGUUACAAGCGCCUCAAAAGCCGAAAGAGGAAGAGCGAGUAAUUUUGUAUAACCCGGAUUUGCAUAUUUCGGCAUUUAUUAAUCCUGACCCAUUUGCGGCAACAACAACAGCGGAUCCAUUUUUGGCAUCUUCCAUGUAUUUGGAUGAACGUUCCACGGAUCGCCACGAACAAAAAUUCAAAAAAUGGUUAAACGCCUUGGUCGAAAUCCCAGCAGAUCUUGAUUCGAACAAGGGCAAAAUCGAUAUGGGAAAACUUUUUAACGACGUUCAGAACAAAAAACAAGUCGUUCCGGACACCCGAGAAAAAGUCGUCUCCAAAUAUUACAAAACUCGGUUGGAUUUUUUGCGAGUCACGGCAAUCCAACUCUAUCAAAGUCGCGAAGUGAGCGAAAUUUUGACGAAACUCAUGCCGCAAAUCGAGAAAAAUUCGCUCGUUAUCCGCGAAGACAGAGAUUUGCAUCUUCAAAUCGGGCUCCAGCAACAAGUUUUGGAUCUUCUCUUCUCUUUCAACACUUUGUGGCUCCGCUUGGGUCUGGAAGUCGUUUUUGGCGAAAUUAUUCCGAUGUCCUCGAACACAGAUGUCACCACUUUGGCGCGUUUCAUCAUCGAUCGCAUGUUCAAGGACCAAUAUUUGGACAAAAAAUACUCAAAAGUGCAACUUUUGUCGCCGACGCACAAGGAACAAGUCAAAAAACACACCCUCAAGAAGUUUUUCUGUCUCUUGCUGUUUUUGGAUACGGCGAAAAACAAGAAAAUUAUUAAGCAGAAUCCGUGUUUGUUCAUUAAGGCAUCGCCGUAUAAGGAAACUCGUGAAAUUGUGUUGAGGUUUUCGACACUGAUGUUGAGUAGCAUUGGCGAUGUCACCAAAUACCUCAAGCGAUAUGGGUAUGUGUUGACGCAUAAGCAAACGUACUUGGAUGAGUUCGAUUAUGCCUUUACGAAUUUGGCGGUGGAUUUGCGGGAUGGCAUUCGGUUGACCAAAGUUAUGGAAAUUAUUUCGUUGAGAGAGGACCUUUCCUGCCAACUUCGUGUCCCCGCCGUAUCCCGUUUACAAAAAGUCCACAACGUCGACGUUGCCUUAAAAGCUCUCGCUGCUGCCGACUACGAAAUCAAGGGCGACAUCACCGCCAAAGACAUUGCCGACGGUCAUCGCGAAAAAACCUUAUCCCUCCUUUGGCAAAUCAUCCACAAAUUCCGCGCCCCAAAGUUCAAUGCAGCUGCCAUCACGAUCCAACGUUGGUGGCGCCGUUCCUGGCUUCGCAUCCACAUCGCGCGUCGCAUCGAGGAGAAACGCUUGAAACGCCUAACUGACGCUGCAACUACCAUUCAGCGCUGUUUCCGUGGCUACCGCACCCGAACGUGGUUCAUUCCGUACAAAAUGCGAGUAAUUCAAGCUUGCGUGAUGAUUCAAAAAAAUAUUCGCCGCCAUCAAGCCGUGAAACGCUACAAAAUGCACAAAAUGCGUCAAAGUCAGGAUUAUUGCGCCACCAAAAUCCAAAGUUACUACAAAAUGAAGCAAGUUCGUCGGGGAUAUCUCAUGUUCCGCGAAGCCACGAUCACAAUUCAACGUUUCGUUCGUGGAUUUUUGCAAAUGAAACGAGAUCGGACGAAUUUUAUCCUCAUGCAGAUGGCAACGUCUUCGAUACAGGCGAGAUAUCGAGCCCAGCGAGCGAUGAAAAUCGAAAGACGAGAAUUUUUGAGACUCAAAAGUGCCACAAUUGUCAUCCAGCAACGACUUCGAGCGACUUUGAUGAUGAAAAUUCAACGAAAAAAAUAUUUAGAGACGAAAAAUGCUGCAAUUUCGAUCCAAAAUCGCUACAGAGCCUUGUUAAAGGGACGUGCAAUGAGAAAAAAUUAUUUGGAAACUCGUGACGCUGCUAUUUCCAUUCAAAGACGCUUCCGUGCCACACUUUUAAUGAGAAAAGAGGUCACUUUUUAUCAAAAACUCAAAAUUUCCACAAUUUUGAUUCAAAAAUUCUACCGCGGACACAAAUUAACGCAAGAAACGCGCAAAAAUUUCAUCAAAACCCGCGAAUCAGCGAUCGUUUUGCAGAAAAAAUGGCGCGCGACACUCGAAAUGAGAAAAUGUCGCGUAAAUUUCCUUCAAAUGCAAUUCAAUGCAGUCGUCGUUCAACAAAGAUUCCGCGGAUUGCUUCAAAUGAGGGUCCAGCGUUCAAAUUUUUUGAAACUCCGACAUGCGGCGAUCACUUUUCAACGUCAAUUCCGUGCCUUGAGAGCGAUGCGAGUUCAACGUCUCGAAUUUUUGCGUCUGAAAUCCGCCGCAAUUACUCUGCAAAGACGUUUCCGUGCCAAAACUUCAAUGAAAACCCAAAAAAUCGAGUAUCAAGAGGUGAAACGCUCCACAGUGGUCAUUCAACGUCGUUUCCGUGCAAUUUUGGCGAUGAAACGUCAACGAAUGGAGUUCCUUCGCACGAAAAGUGCGGUAAAAGUGUUGCAAGUGCGUUUCCGUGCCUUGAUCGCGAUGCGCCAGCAACGUGUCGAGUACCUAAAACUCCGGGAAGCCACCCAAGUGCUUCAAAAUCGGUUCCGUGCCCAAAAAUUGAUGAAAGAACAACGUGCCAAGUACCUGGAAUUCAAAUCUUGUGUCGUUAAAAUGCAAAAACGGGUCCGAGCGACACUGGAAAUGAAGAAAACCCGCAUGGAAUACUUGAAAUUACGAAAAUCCACGGUGGUUAUUCAACAAAAAUUACGUGCAACGCUCGAAAUGCGACAAAAAAGGGUCGAAUUCCUACAGAAAAAGGCUGCGGCGACUCUAAUUUCGCAAAAAUAUCGCGCUUUAGUGGCAAUGAGGACCGAAAGACGUCAAUUUUUGAUCGUAAAACGGACAACAAUCGUCAUUCAACGACGUUUCCGAGCGAUUUUAGCGAUGCGAGUCCAACGAGAAGCCUAUUUAACGAUGAAAUCAGCUGCCGUUUGCUUGCAAAGCCGUUAUCGAGCCUUAAUUCAGAUGCGGGAACAAAAACAGACCUUUGUGGUGCUUAAAAAAUCCGUAAUUGUCGUGCAACGAAUUUUCCGUGCCAAUAUUUUGAUGAAAAAGCAACGAACUGAAUUCCACUUUCGAACGGCGGUUGUUUCGGUCCAAAAUCGAUUCCGCGCCCAGUUGGCGAUGAAAUUGUUGCGAUCGGAAUACGAAAAAAUCAGAAGUUCGGCGGUGAUUUUGCAAAAAAGAUGGCGCGCGGUGCUGGAAAUGCGACGAGAACGCAUCAAAUACCUGGAAAUGCGUCAAGGAGCGAUCGUUAUACAAGAGAGGUAUCGUGCCUUGUGUGCCAUGCGAAGGUCUCGUGAUGAGUUUUCAUCGUUGAAGCACGCAGCGAUCGUUUUUCAGCGUCAAUUCCGUGCCAGACAAGCGAUGAUCAAGCAACGUGUCGAAUAUUUGACGCUUUUGAAGGCCACAAUUACGAUCCAGAUGCAUUUCAGAGCGUUGCGGGAAAUGCGGGAGCAGCAAAAACGCUUCAACGAACUCAAAUCUGCCGCAAUUUCCUUGCAAAAACACUUCCGAAGUUAUUUGGUGAUGAAAAAAAUUCGUCAAGAUUUCCUGAAAAAACGAAAUGCCGCCAUUUUGAUCCAACAACGCUUCCGUGCGGUCAAAGAAGCCGCCCGCCAGCGAGAAAAUUACCUGAAUUUACGUCAAUUUGUGAUCAAAUUCCAAGCGCGCAUUCGAGGACAUUUAGGGCGAAUUGCCUAUAAUGCGCGACUUACGCCCGAAGUGCUCGAAGCAAGACGUCGCGUCAAAGCUGCGCGCAAAAUUCAAGCCGUUUGGCGCGGAUUUAAUUGCCGCAAAAAGUUCCAAACGCAAAAAAUGAAGCAAAUUUGUAAGAAAUUGAAAGUUUCGAAGAAACCGAUGAACCGGCAAAAGAGCGUUCGGGAGCAAAUUGUCCUGGAUAUCGGAAUUCUCAAGGGAACGUAUCGCGUUUACGAGGCAAUCACGAUUUUGAAGCGACUGGAACGGAUGUCGCGCAUCAUUCCGCAGAUCCUGAUACCGCAUGCCGGGUUUAUUUCGACUUUUUGCUAUGGAUUGAUGGCGUUGACGAUCAGGUCGGAGCCAGAUAAGCAAGUUAUUGAGUUGUGUGCGUGUAUUAUAUUGAAUUUGUCGCGGUAUUCGGAGACGAAGGAAGUGGCGUUUUCGGAAUACGGCUUGAUGACAAUCGCUCAAAUGUUGCUCCGUUGGUGCGACAAGGAAUGCGGAAUAUUCAUCACGCUCUGCACUUUGAUCUGGAUCUUUGGUCACAAUCCCGAAAUGAAUGAAAAAAUUCGCAAAUUCAUGGUCACCCCAGAUGCGAUCUACAUGUUGCGAGAAACGAAAAAACUCACGUUGCGCAAGGAGAAAAUGCGUCAAACGGUAAACAAGCAAUUCGGCAGCUACUUGAACGAUGGCGUCGUGAGCAGCAGUUUGAAACUUUUGCCCAACCUGGAACCCGAUUAUGGACUAAUCAAGGGCAAGCCGUACGUCUUUAUGUCGCCGUCGUUUGGCUUGGAAACGGUCUUGAAGAAAUUUAAUGUUCAAGUUUAAUUAUUAAUUUUUUUGUUUUUUUUCUGUUGAGGAAAAAUAUUUUAUAUGUAAAAUAAUGUUUCGCACAAAAUUUAUCUAAAUUAUUCGUUUAAAUUAAGAGAGAUUUACUGAAUUUGUUUGAAAAAGAGACUUUUGGAGACCAAAAACGGUCAAAUUUGUACAAAAAAUAAUGAGAAAUAAAAUAUUG